AUGGGUAUCGAUCUCGAUAAGCACCACGUCCGGUCGAGCCACCGGAAAGCGCCAAAGAGCGACAAUCCGUAUCUCCAGAUCUUGACAAAGCUGUACAAGUUCUUGGCUCGCCGAACGGACUCGAGGUUCAAUGCCACCGUCCUCCGCCGUCUUUGUAUGAGCAAGACGAACCGACCACCCGUCUCGAUCUCGAAGAUCGUCGAGAAUGCCGCCGGAAAGCACACUGGCAAGGCCCAGGCUGGCAAGACUGUCGUAGUCAUUGGCACCGUUACCGAUGACAACAGACUCCUCGAGGUGCCCAAGCUCUCCGUCGCCGCGCUCCGCGUCACCGCGACUGCCAAGGCCCGCAUCCUGGCCGCUGGCGGAGAGGUCCUGACCAUCGACGAGCUGGCGCAGCGCUCCCCUAAGGGCGAGAACACCCUUCUCCUCCGCGGUCCCAAGAACGCCCGCGAGUCGUUCAAGCACUUCGGCAUGGGCCCCCACAAGCACAAGAAGCCGUACGUUGAGAGCAAGGGCCGGAAGUUCGAGCGCGCCCGUGGCCGCAGACGGUCCCGUGGUUUCAAGGUCUAGAGGAGAUUGGAAAUGGAAAAGCGUCCUCUGGGUCUUCGGACAGUUGCUGUUGUCAGCGGUGGGCAUGGAAGCUGGUAGUAUGGUGGUAGCUGGCAUUGUAGAUGCGGAUGCUGGCAGCGAGCACGGGCUCUGGUCAUUGAAGGCGGACUUCCCUUGUCGGCGUCGAUUCUACUACGGGUUCAAAAAUUGAAAAUCUUUGUCUGCCAACCACGCCAGAGUCUCAGAAGUAGAUCAUGAUAAUGAAGGCUUCUUGUCA